CCAUUUGUGCGAAUGGAUCGGGCCAAAGUUCGUGUUCAAUACACAUUUAAUUUUGUUUUCUCUUUGUCUGAUACAUUUUACUUAAACAUAUUUAAACAAGUAUUGCAGUCUCUGACUCCUGUAGUACAGGGAAUCUUAUUUUAGCGCCAGAUGAGAGCGUCAAACUUGGCAUCAAUUUUUAAUAUUAGUAUAAGGUCCCUUCGGUGACGUUCAAAUUACGGCUAUAGCAAUGAUGUAAAACUAUUCUUUUGUCUGUCCAUCACGGCGUUACGUGACACUCGGACAUUGUGCGUCCGUCACGUUAAUUUGGGAGUCCAAUGAAUCCAUCCUGUGCACCAUGAAGCAUGGUCACAGUUCACUAUAAAAGGAAAACCGCGAAUUUUCGGAAACAUUUGUGUGACACGAUGAGAACCGGUCUAUUGCUUUUGGCGAUCGUUCUGAGUGCGUUAAGUGCAUCGGGGAUGCGAAUCAGACGAGGUUUCAACAACAGCGGGUACAGCAGAGGUGGCGGGAGCGGGUACGGACGUGAAAGCGACGAACGAGACGCUAGCGUCAGCAUAGAGAACAACAACGACUGCGAGGAUGAAGAAGGAAAAGGAUUUAACGAAAGCGGCAGUCGUGAAUUAGCCUACAACAGACAAGGGUACGGGUCAAAUGAAAAUCGUCGUGGUGGGCGCUCGUUCUCCAAAGCAAUCGCCUCCGCUUCCGCGUCCGCUACUUCUUACAACUCGGACCAUAAGGGCAAUAAUGUAACAGCCUGAUGAAAUUUUCAUUUUGUCGACGCUGAAUAAAAACAUUUGAAUAUAUAA